AUGUCUGCUGUCCCCCCAAAUUGUUCUCUUUACGAAAUACUUCAAAGUCCGUGCGGUUCUAGUAGGGAGGAAGUAGGGCAUGUUUUGCUCUCGGAGUGUAACGCAGAUAUAUCCGCCCAUUUGGCUAGUUGCCCCUUGUCAAAAUGCAGUGAAGUUACAGAAGUCAAGUUAAUCAUGGCGAGAGCGGGAAUUCAGCAUUUUUCGAGAAUUCAGCUCGAGGGAAUGACCAUCUGCCCGAGGCACAGACACUUACUGGGAAGAUUCUGGCGAGGUCCAAGAUCGUGCCAAUACCCUGGCCAUACUGGGAAAGUUACAAGUGUGACGGGCAGCCACGUCAUAACCUUCCAAAUAGCUGACGAAAUAAUACUUAAAUUCAAAGAAAUCACCGCUGUAGGAUCACGUAAGUACCAAUAGCCUUGUGGCUCUCUCUGGUUCUGUUUCCUCAAAUGUCAAUACCCCAAAAAGUUUCUGUUGUUGUUGGUCACAUGUCCAUUUCCCUUGGUUAAUUAUUGGUGUCGCAAUCGUAAAUACAAAAAUGCGUGUUUUAUCAUCAACCAAGGAUAUUUCUUUAAUGCUUUUAUGCUAUUGCUACACUAAGACUACUGGGCAGCCUGGCUGGUGGUAAUGAAGGAAACAAAUAUAGUCCUGAGCGGUGAAUCUGCAUCUCCUUCCCGUGCCUCGCGCGAUGUCGCCCCUCUUCUACUCGUCGCUAAGGUUCGAGAAAACUUUUCCUUUAUCUCACACCCACAACGACAAGUGUUACGCACGAUAGAGACUAUAGGUCCCCUAGAUGUGUUUGAAACGCCUAGUAUUUCUCUUAGAAAUGAUUUAGGCUAAGCUAGACGAUGACGAUGACGAUGACGAUGACGAUGAUGAAGACGAUGAUGAAGACGACGACGAUUUAUCAGUUGUAUUGAUGCAAUUUUAUAGCUAUUUGCACCACUUGCCGGAAGAAGCAUUCUGAGUGACUGUUGGGUUUGGGAUGGCAAAGUUCUACCAAAGGUUCAGUCAACCAGGAAGCUGCGGAUUUUGAGAGGUUUGUUGGAUAUUUUAUUUUUUCUAAGAUACCUCACCACGCAAGGUGUUUAUUCGCAUGCCACGCCAUACAUCGAAAGCGCAUUCCUUCGAAGAGAACAUGUCCAAUAAUGUCCUUUCAUACCGUUAGUAAGAUUGUUUUAUCUUAUGCUACUGAAAUGAAGACAACGCCAUUUCGUCAGAUUUCUACCCCUAAUAGGAAACCCUUUUCUAGUCCCUGUUGGACUCCAGCAACUCCUGAAGCAACU